AUGCAAGCAGACGCCCCCGCCAUGGAUGCGCCGCCCGCCCACAUCCCGCCGCACGGCGGCCGCCUGUCUGAUCUGAUGGUCCGCUCCGAUGCGCGGCGGCGGGCGCUGGUGGGCGCGUGCGACCACGCCCAGGAGCUGUCGGACCGCAACGCGUGCGACGUCGAGUUGCUGUCGGUCGGCGGCUUCUCCCCAUUGGAGGGCUUCAUGGGGCGCCACGCGUACGAGCACGUGGUCCAGCACAUGAGGCUGCCCGGCAGCGGUCUGCUCUUCGGCCUGCCUGUGGUGUUGGACACCGAUAACGAGGCGAUCCAAGAGGGCCAAAAGGUGCUCCUCACUUACAAAGGCCAGGAGCUGGCUGUCGUUGAGGUGGAGAGCAAGUGGAUACCAAACAGGGCCCUGGAGGCGAAGCUGUGCUACGGCACCAGCAGCCUGGAGCACCCCGGGGUGCAGAUGAUCUCCAUGGAGCGCGGGAAGUACUACCUGGGCGGCCGCGUGUGGGGGCUGGAGCUGCCGAAAAGGGUGUUCCCGUGCGCGACCCCCGAGGAGGUGCGGUCGGCGCUGCCGGCUGGCGGCGACGUGGUCGCCUUCCAGUGCCGCAACCCCAUCCACAGGGCCCACUACGAGCUCUUCACGCGCGCCCUGCACGCGCACAACGUGCGGCCCGGCGCUGUGGUGCUGGUGCACCCCACCUGCGGCCCCACCCAGGAUGACGACAUCCCUGGUCUGGUGCGCUACCACACCUACGAGGUCCUCAAGAGGGAGGUGCAGCCAAAGGGGUCGCUGCGUGGGGAUGCGGCGCCGGGCCGCCCUUAG